AGCGAGGCAGCCUGACUGCAAGUCUAGAGCCAGAAGGAGAGCGCAGCGCCUUACAGACAAGAACUUUCCCCGGCAGCGCCUGCACCGGCAGUUUAUAGAGUUUCAGCACCACGGAUAGCGCCCCAUUGACUCCUGUUGCUCUCGGCUUGUGCUGAAACUUCACACUGACUGGAAAACAAAGGCGAGAAGUAACCGGAGCUCUGUCAUCCAGGUUAAAGUUAUGGAACACAGAAGCAUCUUUCACCUUCUGGUAUCUUUUACUCUCUUCAAUGUUUUCUGCUUAAGAGCCCGGGCAUUGCCUCCCAUGGGGACCUAUUCAAAUCCCAGGCUGGGAAAUCGGUUACCAUUUGAGGGAGCAAGUGAACCUGAUCAGACUCAGGGAUCAUUAAAACCAGACACAGACAUGCUUCAAGACACACUACCAGAAAAUGACAAUUUCUUUAUGGAUAUGUCCAGAGCAGUUGGCAGAACAUCAAGACACGCUGAUGGACUCUUCACUAGUGGAUACAGCAAGCUUUUGGGUCAGCUUUCUGCCAGAAGAUAUCUAGAGUCUUUGAUUGGAAAAAGAGUAAACAACAAUGUGGUAGAAGAUCAGGUGCCUGUAAAGCGCCACUCUGAUGCUGUGUUCACUGAUAACUACAGUCGAUUUAGGAAGCAAAUGGCUGUAAAGAAAUACUUGAAUUCUGUCUUGACUGGAAAGAGAAGUCAAGAAGAUAUUGAUCCCGCGAGUCUUCGAGAAAAUGCAGAUCUAAGUCAACCACCAUUUUCAGACAACUAUGAUGAUGCCACGCUGAAUGAAAUCCUAAACCACCUCCAAUUGAACCUUUGAAAGAUACCCGCUGGCCACUGAAUCACAAGAACAACGUUACUAUAUUUUUGAGUUUGACAUAGUCUUUCAAACAAUAAAUUCAGUAUUCAAACCAAAACAAAUGUUGUGAGGUGAAAAUUGUGACAAAUAUGUUUCUUAUAUUUAAAAGUUGAUGUUUACACUGUAAAUAUAACUUUAGAGAGCUCUACCUACAGCUGUAAAUAGUAUGCAAGUCUUUUAUUCAUGGAAAUGCUGUGAUUUCAUAUGCUUUAAAACCUUUUAUUUCAAUAAAUGCAUAUAAAACAGAAACAAAAAGGAGAGGAAAGUGUUAAGCUUUUUAGAAUGAUACAUAGGGGUAACGUGUGUGAGUAGAAUAAAGUAUGUAAAUAAACUUUGCUACUACAUACAAAAAUAAGAAUGCAUUAGCCACUAUAUUAUAUGAAAGCCAAAUUAAACAAAUAUCUACAGGAUAAGGUUUUUAUAUGUACCAAGCAUCUACAAUAUAGAAAACAUACAAAAAGACACAUUAUCUCAUGAACUGUACUUUAUUUCUUACUGUUUUAUUUGAAAUAAUUUAAUCAAUUAUAAAGAGGCUGAAUGUAUCUGUCAUUUCAUCAUUCUAUGGGAGUUGUGGAUCUUGAAAGGUUAAGACGUGCCUAAGGGGAGAUAGCAGGGAGAGAUUUGUUUAAUGUAAAAAUUUAUCUACAGCAUAAAUAUUCAAAAAUGAAAUUGUGUAUAUCUUUGCUGAUGACAGCAUUACUUAUAUAUAAAGUGGAUACUGGGAAAUUACAAUAUUUUUUCAAAAUGAAUGUAACUUAUGAAAUAUGCAGAUAAUAAAAAGAUUUUAUCAUCACUGCAAA